UUUGUGCCAAAGCGUUCUGCCAAGAGUAUACACCAACGACGAUGAACGCAGAAAUUCUUCAAUUAAAACAUUAAUAUAUCCAAACAUUUUCAUUUUGGUCAGCACACGUUACAACGAAAGAGCCAUCAAUAAGAACAUACUUUCUACUAAUGCGAGAAGAUUUGAAUCAUACUGAUGCAAACAUGGUAAUACAGACUGAAAUGGAUUGUGAUGAUAUGGGUAAAGCAUGUACUAUUUGCGGUGAUGGUUGUCCGGGAUUUUCGAUGCAUUAUUGGAGAAAAAUUUGCAGUCAUUGUAAAUGUCCCAAAGAGAUGCACAAUUUAUUUCUUAAUGAUAUGAACCAUCUACGAACAAGUCAGUUCAUGUUAGAGAUCAAUCGUAACAGUUUCGUUAGUGAUGACGAUAGUGGAUGUGCUCUUGAAGAAUAUUGCUGGGUUCCAGUUGGUUUAACUCCAGAACAGGUCUUUGCAUACAUGAGUGCCUUACCAGAAGAUAAAAUACCAUAUGUGAACAGCCCAGGAGAAAAAUACCGAAAUCGUCAACUAAUUUACCAACUACCAGCACAUGACAGUGAGUCACAAUAUUGCAACAAACUCAGUGAAUCAGAAAAGCGUGAACUGAAGCUAUUCAACUCUCAAAGGAAAAGAGAAGCUUUAGCACGUGGUUUGGUAAAACAGGUCACAUCAGAAGGUCUUUUUUGUGAAGAGUGUGAUGAAGAGGUGUACCAUGGUGAUAUAGCAGUGUUUGCUGGCCGCAUGAAAAACGAUAAAGCUGUAUGGCAUCCUGGUUGUUUUUGUUGUAAUGAUUGCAAGGAAUUAUUGGUAGAUCUGGUUUAUUUCUACAAAGACGAAAUGGUUUAUUGUGGGCGUCACCAUGCUGAGAAAUAUCGACCGCGUUGCAGUGCUUGUGAUGAGCUUAUCUUCGCCAGGGAGUUUACUGAGGCUGAAGGUCGUAGCUGGCACAAGAAGCAUUUUUGUUUUGAAUGUGAAAAGGUUUUGGGAGGACAGAAGUACAUAAUGAAACAAGAUCGACCAUAUUGUUGUUCUUGUUACGAGCAACGUUUUGCUCAAUAUUGUCAUACAUGUGGAGACAUUAUUGGUGUUGAUGAUGACCAGCUUAGUAAAGGUGACUUACAUUGGCAUGCUAAUGACAGAUGUUUCAGUUGUUUUACUUGCGGUAUAUCAUUGGUGGGCAGUCCAUUUAUGCCGAAGGAUGACGAAAUCUACUGUUCAGCCUUAUGUAGUCGUGCAUCACCUCAUGUCCACAUGAAUCCCGAGGUACCGCGAUCCUUACAACAAAAAUUGUUUAAAGAUGACCUUGCUCGUCAACGAGAAAUUACUGGAUUUUCAUCUCAGUUAAGGAAGAUAAAAGAAACAACUUUUGAUGAACAUAACAACGUACGCAGUGAUGUAAAAUUUAUUGAAACAAGUUGUAAACAUUCAACAAAACAGUCAGCUGCCUUUCAAAAGAAAACACGUGAUGAUGACGUAAUACAGGCCAUUCCUGUCGAGGAUGGCGACAGUAAGGAUAGUAAUUAUGGAACAGAAACAUCUUCAGUUCUUGAAGAAGAUAUAGCAAGAAGCAAGUUACUUUCAUCUAGCUAUCACGUGAAUAAAACCUCGCGACGUACACGUGAUCAUGGUUAUGAUACUGACUUUGCAGGAACCGCUUGCGUAUCACGUAAAUCAAGUGAACGAAGUACAGAUCGUGGUUAUGAAACAGACAGUGCUUUACGUGAACGUAAACGUCUCUAUGAAGUAAAACAAAGUCGAUCUAGACAUUCUUCACGAAGUGGUUAUAUGAGUGAUGGUGGACAACAUCGACUUUAUAGGAAUGUCAAUGAAAGAGGAUAUGAUACGGAUGGAACAGAGAAAAGAUAUAGAUCACGUUAUCAUCAUGACUGUCGUGGUUACGAAACUGACACGGGAAAAAUAUCGUACAACAAAAAUAUUGAUCGAGGUUAUGACACAGAUGGAUGUACUAGCAAAUCACAUCGUCAAAGUCGCUCAAGGAAAAAUAAUAAUAAUACACAAACUGUUAUUUAUUAUGACUUGAUCGGUGGUGGACCAAUGAAUGAAGAGUUUGAUCGUAAUGCUCCAUUACAAAUGGUCUAUACAAAAAAUCUCGGGAAAACAAACGGACGCCAUCUAGGUUCAAUGUCAUCACGUAUGUAUAGUAGUGUGCGCGAGACAAGUCAAAAAUCCAAGGCAAAAGAUUAUGAUUCCAACGAUAGUCAUCAUAAAAACUCAUAUUCAAUGGAGAGGCUGGAUUACAGCGUAGGAUCACGUGUGCCUGAUCGUGGACCAAUGAGACGUACGAGUAGAAACAUUAACUCUGAAUCAACGACAAGGGAAAGAAAGAUCUCCAGCAGUAAAAAACCGCUUCCGUGGGAAGAUCCUUUUCGAACCCAGUUCGUUACCCAAAUCUGGCUGAGGCGAACAUGAGAAGAAUCCGUUAUGUGGACGAUGUUGGCUAUUCCCCCGAGCAACGGUUAUUUAAUCCCUCUAAUAACAAGACUGUGAACGUUAACAAAACAGAGAAAAAGAGUAAAUCGAAGAAAGAAUGUCGCGUACAAUAAAAAAUCUAACCCUGUGUAAAUAUUGUAUGAUUAGUUAUAAACGUAUGACUUUGUUUACAUAAUAAUAAUCAUUGUGUUUAGUUUGGUAAUGAUAGAAACAAUUCUACAUAAGAAAAAAAACUUUUUACAGUAUAGCAACUACCAAUUUUAUGAUAUAUUUUUGCUACCGUGGAAAUCCCGUUAGCAGUAAGUAUUCAUUUUAUUUAUAUUUAUGAUGUUGACAAGAUUUACCUUAUAAGGUUUUAGAGCUAGACAAUGGAUAGUGUAUCGUAACUGGAUUAAUUUGACUUGUUUCAGCAUAACUCUAGAUGGUAAAAAAGGCUAUUUUGUCCUUAUCGGCUACAAUAACAUAUAACAUGGUAUGAAAUGAAAUAAAAAACACAUGCUACAAAUAAAUGUAUUUUUGACCUCCCGGAUUCCUCCCCAAGGCAAUUUGUAAGAAUUCUUUUGAUGUUAUUAUGAAGGUUAAAUACCUCGUGUCAGUUUUAUAACACUUUAUCACAUGUUUUAUUGGUUUUAAAUGAUUUGUCAAAAGUUAAAUCCUAUUAAUUGAUGAAUGAUUCUUAGUUCUUAAACUCAAUCAAACGACAUGUCUAAGCGGGUACCAAAUGUGUUAAAAUUUUAAAUCACACAAAAAGAAGGUGAUUUAUAUAACUAUGCAUGCAUAUAAUUGUAUAUCCUGUAGAAAAACAUACAUAUAUGUAAUAGUUAAUAGCAUGUAAAUGAUUUAUAAGUUACGAAGUUUAUGUAUUACAGUUAAUAAAUAUUAAAAUUAAAAAAAUAAAAAA